AUGCGUUCUUAUCAAUCUUAUCUUUUAUUACAGGGAUAGAGUUCUUUAAGUGAAGGCAAAGCUUUGACGUUUUUCAAUUUGGAUUAACAACCAUCUGUUCAAUCAACAAUCCAUUCACAUCAAUCGUCAAAGUUGCAUCUGAUCGCUAUUCAGCUGUUCACUGUUUAACUAUGCGUAAAGAAUCGGCUUUGCCGACAUCGACAUCGGUCAUUGCAUAUGAAUCCCACGUGAAGAAAAAACAGAUCGCGUCGUCACUCCGGGAUUCGUCGAACUCGCGGGUGAGCGCCAAUCAGAAUUCAGAUUCGCUCGCUGCUCCGCUAAACACAUGUUGUCUUUCAACCUUGCGUUUCUUGGCACAAAUCGGACGAAUAAAGGACGAAUAAAAAUCACAAGAAUAAUCUUUUCAAACUCUUUCGGUUUAUCUAUAAAUUAAAGUUUAACUAGCAACCAUGGCAAGGAUUUACACAUCAAGAUUUACGUGGUUGAAAUGUAACGCCUAAACGCGGAGUAAGCGGACACAAUUUGUAAACAAGAAAGUUUUGGGUUAAGCUAGGUAAUCGAUUAAGAAAAUGCGUAGGCGUCUGUAUACGCGACAAUACGCGAUAUACGCGUGGCUUAUCAGUCGUCAUGAUUGACUCUUACCAGUCGAGGGUGUACGAGAAGGAAUUGAGGUAAUUAAGAUGCAUAUGUGGUACUGGUUUGGUACGGAUCUGGGUAGCUUUUUGUUUCCGGGAUAUAAUGUUAAUACGAUAUGGGGUUUGGUGGCAACAUGCUUUGGCUUAGCUGCCCUCGCAGUACUAUAUGAAGCCAUGAAAGUCUCCCAGAUCCAUCUGCAACAGUCUGUGAUUAGAUCCAUAUCUCGAACGACCUCGGCCUCUUCGGAGAACUCGUCUCUUUUAUCCAGAGUGACGCCAAAGAAUUUUAGAUCAUACACAAAAUGUGGAAGCUGCUCAAGAUGGACACUGCAAAUGUUGCAUUGGUCUCUCCACACUGCGCUCGGUUAUAUCCUGAUGUUGGCUGUUAUGACAUACAACGCAUAUAUCACCAUCGCCCUCGUAAUCGGAGCGUGCAUUGGAUACAGCAUAUUCGGUCCUGCACUUAUACAAUUAAACAUGCAAUAUUUUCAUCAUAAACAAGCAGUUGUGGAAUGUGAUAAGAAUUGCGAAGAUAUUGUCGCGAAUCUACAGAGACGCGAAUCUGCUGUCUCUAUCGUUGCAGAACAAUUAGUUACAGAAGCAAAUAUCGAGAUUCACUUACAGAGAGAUGCGUGAGUGUUGCAACAUCAAACAUUGCAAUAGUUUGAAAUUUUUAUUAUCUAGAAAAGUCUAAUAUUAUUUAGGAUAUUGUUAUUGUUGUC